AUGCCUCCCAAAAAAUCAUCUUCCACCAAAAAGUGCGCUAACCCGCGGAUGGAAACUCCUGUCAUCGACUUCGUGAUGCGUACCCGCAGUGGUGCGCCUAUCAACCAACGCAUGCUUCAGACUAAAACACUACCACCCGCCAAAAAAAUCAAACCUACCCCCUUGCCGAGGGGGAACUCGUUCAUGAGCUUCGACGACUACAGCGCCAUCCUUGCCCGGCGCGCGAAAUCCUCCGUUGCUACCACAGAGCCGCGCACUGACACUGAGUCUGAUACCCAAGACCACCCGAAGACUGAUGACCUUGUCACGGACGAUGAGGACAACAGUGAAGGACAAGCGGAUGCUCACAAGGGCGAUCCCAAAAUUCAUGAAUCCUUACCCCCCUCUGAUACUCCAGAGGAUGAAAAUUCUUCCUUGGAUGGCGCCCCUUCCUCGGAGAACAACUACCCCGUGAUCCUUCCUCUUCGGAAGAGGAGUCUGACGAAGAUGAUGAUGAAUACAAAGAAGAUCAAGAAGCCGACGAAGAAAAAGAAGAAGGCGACGACAACUGACGACAACGACUUACCUGCGCCUCCAUCAAAGACGAAAUUGCCCCAGAAGCGCGCACCUCCAAAAGCUCUCCCCCCAAAAUCCACAGUAACAGGGACUCCCCCGUCCACCCAGGUACUCCAGGCUGCCAUGCAUGUGACGACGAAGUCGGUCGAGAAGAGUCCCGUCUCCAGUGCUCUGCCAAAAAGCUCCAUGGCAAUGGAGACUGAUGACGACGACAAUGACCUUCCCGUCACUUCUAGACCUGGGCGGCUGUGCCAGGAAGGCAUAGACGACGCGCAGGAGCUCGGGCGCAAGACACUUCACGCUGCCAAGUUAAUUGGUGACAAAUAUGGAAAAUCUGCACGCACAAUACUCAUCGAGGCCGGGUUGUCUGUGAAACACUCCAGGGCCGAGACCCCAUGGAAUAUGCACCAAGGAUGGUACAAAGGAAAAUAUCCUCGAGAAACCGAUGAAGAACUUAGUGAUUGGAGAAAGAGACAGCGCGACCACUACUACAGCCUUGAAGACAGCGACCCGCUGUGGGAUGACAUACAAGCGCACUAUGAUGGUCACUUGGGCGGUGCUAGUAACAAUCGAUCGCGUGCCAGUAUUGUUAUGUCUACAAGGGACGCACUCGCUAAGCGUAAGGCAUUGAGGUCAUUGGCUGUGUCUUUGAUUCGACUCCUGAUGAGGCGGCCCGACAGGCCUCAGGGUUUUGUCGCAGGCUCAUCCACCUUCAUGGAUGUCAUCAAUGAACGCCAAGUGGACGCCCAACUUGCGUUAGAUUGGAUUAUUACUGCAGCAAAGGCAAAAAACUACCAGCUCGCAAUGCCGCGGUUUGGGGGGGCAUAUGAUAUUUUGUUUUCGAAGCCUGGUGAAGCCCCACGGGACCGUUACCGACGUAUCUGGCCGGUCAUGGUGCUGGAGAAACUAGAACAAUUCGGCUACAAAAUGAAGUCUGUCCAGUGGCGGAAGUUACUCGACGUUGCAUACCAGAACAAGUUUCAAUUCGAACUCUGGCCUGACGAAGUUCCCCCAGUUGGCCCAGACUUCAACUACCACACCCUCAGCGCACAACAUCUGAAGUUACUCGUCGUGCCUUACAUCAAGCGCAGGGCUUUGCAAUAUUAUGACGCCGAACUGAAGACUGAAGCUGAGAGCUUACUCGAACUUCGGCGCAAGCAAGGACGGAGCGAAAAAACUCUUGAUGAUAUCAUUGACGAGUUGGACGUCGCUGUGUCUGAGAUUGAUAUUGUUCCUUGGCCCAAAGAUCACAUCGAGCAAUGUGAAAAAGACGACCCUAACAUGUUUGAUAUUCCUUUGGUCACCAGCGCUUCCAAUAUCGUGCUCCGGAAACUCGCGGACUCCGAGAAAUUCAAGCACUCCAUCCCCCAAGGGUUGCUUCAAAAUACAAGGAAGCAACAUCAGUACGUGGUUCGAAUGUCGGCGUUCCUUCGGGAGGAAGGCAGCUUGGAGAUACUACUCGGGAUCGCCAGUCUCAACAACAGACCUCCGCUGCUCGUGAAUAUUCGAUUAACGCCGCCCAUCGGCGUUUCAGCAACAGAAGUCUCGCAAGCGACCACAUGCAGAGGAUUAUGGCAAGUCCAUGAAUUACUUGCAGAUUCUCUUCUAAUCGAGUGUCCAGCAGAUGAACAACUUGAAUCUGAGGCUGAUAGCUUGAAUGCAUCAGACUCUCGCAUCACGAAGAAGUCGAAGGUCGUACGUCAUCGGUCGCCGCAUGUUGAAUUGCCACCUCCGCACUUUGUCCCUGUUCAUCCUCGACCUCGACUUCAAUCUCGACCUCGCCCUCGCCCUCGCCCUCGCCCUCGCCCUCGCCCUCGCCCUCGCCUUCGUGCACCUACACCUGACUACGAACCGCGUCAACACUGGGAUGAUGAGGUACAGCAGGUGUCUCCGCAUCAUCUUCAUUCCUAUGGGCAUAAUGUUGCCCAUCAUCAUCGCCAUGAUUUUCCGGCUGCAGGCCCUUCGAGAGUGGUUGCAAGGGCACGUGAGAGAUCCGAUUAUGACAGGAACACUCCGGCUCCUGGGUAUGAUUCAUAUGAUCGUGAUUUCGUUUACCGUGACUAA